AUGUCUACAAUCACCCAUACCGCCCUGCAAUCGGGUCAUGCGCCCAUUAUUCCCCUCUCCUUCAACUCGAACCAGCCGGAGACGAUUCGCCUCUACCCUCUGUCCAACUACACUUUUGGCGUAAAAGAGACCCAACCAGAGGAAGACCCCUCCGUGAUCGCCCGUCUGAAGCGCCUCGAAGAGCACUACAACCAGCAUGGCAUGCGCCGCACCUGCGAGGGCAUCCUCGUCUGCCAUGAGCACAACCACCCGCACAUCUUGAUGCUCCAGAUCGCCAACGCCUUCUUCAAGCUGCCUGGCGACUACCUCCGCCCCGAGGACGACGAGGUCGAAGGCUUCAAGUCUCGUCUCGACGAGCGCCUUGCGCCUGUUGGCAGGAUUGGAGAGGGCGAGGAGCCUGCGGACUGGCAGGUCGGUGACUGCCUGGCGCAGUGGUGGAGGCCCAACUUCGAGACGUUCAUGUACCCGUUCGUGCCUGCGCACGUCACCAGGCCGAAGGAGUGCAAGAAGCUCUACUUUAUCCAGUUACCCAAGAGCAAAGUGCUCAGCGUGCCGAAGAACAUGAAACUCCUCGCAGUCCCCCUGUUCGAGCUUUACGAUAACACCGCCCGCUACGGUCCUCAGCUUUCUGCAAUUCCCCACCUCCUCAGCAGAUACAACUUCGAGUUCGUCGAUGAGAACGGUAACAUCGUCGCGGUCACCCCGGGUUCGUCCGCACCCGAGGGAUAUGUGCCCCGGAUCAAGGUUUUGGCUGGGGACGACACGGAUAUGCAAGAGGCGAAGGAUGAGAACGGCGAGCAGUAA